AUGGCUCACCUCACGCUCGGCUACAAUGACAAGCAUCCCUUUGCCCAAGUCCCCAUUACAGAUCGCGCCUCGGUCCAGGAGCUUCUCCGGACGCUUCUUGACCCUCUCGAGCCUUUCUUCUCACCCCAAAAGGCCCGCGUCAAGUGCCCUGGAGCCACGGCCGUCAGAUUUGACCAGACUGCGUCCGAGGUAGAAGGCUUCUUCCGUCCUAUCUGGGGUCUGGCGUGCCUUCUGGCCGGGGGUGGCCAGUACCGCGGCACCGACUGGUGGGUUCAGGGGAUCAAGGCUGGCACCGACCCAGAAAGCCCCGAGUAUUGGGGAUAUCCUCGUGAUAAUGACCAGCGGAUGGUUGAGAUGUGCCCUUUUGGAUUCGCGCUGGCCGUCGCACCAGAGUUAUGGAACGGUCUUUCGGCAAAGGAGCAAGCCAACGUCGAGAACUGGCUUGGAAACUCUAUCAACGAGAAAAACAUGCCCAACACCAACUGGCUCUGGUUCCGCGUCUUCGCCAACCUAGGACUCAAGCAAAAUGGAGCGAAGUACUCGGAGGAACGGCUCGAGAGCGACAUCAAGCACCUCGAUACCUUCUACCGAGGAGAUGGCUGGUCCAACGACGGUCCUGAGGGCAUCCAUCAAAUGGAUUAUUAUUCCUCCAGCUUCGCCAUCCACUUCCUUCAGCUGCUCUACGCCAAACUCGCCGCCAAGGCUGAUCCGUCCCGCGCAAAGGAGUUCAAGCACCGUGCUGAGAUCGCCGCCCUCGACCUCGUCCACUAUCAUGACACGCUCGGCCGAGCCAUCCCGUUUGGCCGUAGUUUAGUCUACCGCUUCGCCAUGGUCUCGUUUUGGGGCGCCCUGGCCUACGCAGACGUCGACCUGCCGGCUCCCCUAACGUGGGGCAUGGUCAAGGGAAUUGUCCUCCGCAAUCUCAGGUGGUGGCAGACGCAGGGUGACAUCUGGACGUCGAGUGGGACGCUGUCUCUCGGGUUUUCGUACCCGAGCAUGUUCCAUAUUGUUUCCGAUGCUAGAUCGCUGACCCUUAUUUCACGUGAAACACUUGCAGAUUACCGAGAAUUACAACAGCCCUGGAAGUCCUUUCCGGAGCAACAUCCGUUCUGGACAUCAGAGGAAGAGCCAAUCAGCCCCCAGAUUCCCAAAAUCAAGGCAAUCCGGCAUCCAGGUCACAUUACCAGUUACCUUGGUGGACAUUGUAUGCUCCUCUCUUCGGGCCAAGCAUGCGGUUAUCCAAUGAAGGCCACCCACGCCAAAUAUGGAGCGUUCGCAUACAGCAGCGCCUUUGGAUACUCCGUGCCCUCCGGGCUCUUCUCCUUGGAGCAAUAUGCCUUGGCAUCGCAGCUGGGGCUUUCGGAUGAUGGUGGCGAAUAUUGGAAGACGAGGAGGCUGUCCGAGUAUGCCGCUAUUGAAGAGCGAGACGGCCAGCCCAUUCUCGUUUCAGUCUGGAAGCCUUUUGCCGAUGUCAAGAUCAAGACAUUGUUGGUGCCCCCUGUUGAAAGCACGCCAAACUGGCAUCUGCGGGUGCAUCACAUCCAAGCUGGUCGAGAGGUCAUGACCGCAGAUGGUGCCUUUGCCAUCCGCAACGUCAAUUCCGAGAACGGAAGAUACUUGGAUCUAUACGACGAAACAAAAGGCGAGGGAACAAGCCCCAAGAUCGUUGGCAACUAUGACACCAACACACCGGCUGGCUGGGACACGGGGCUUAACGGUGCCUUUGCGGCGGCCCUGGACAGAGGAGCUGUUGGCAUCAAGGCUCUAGAACCACACGGCCAACGACAGGCCAUGCUUGUGAAUGCUGAUCCCAACACAAAUCUCAUGGAGAGUCGGACAACAAUACCGACCUUGCAGCACAAGAUCCCCCAGGGCCAAGGGGUGUGGUACGUUUCUGCAGUCUAUGCCAAACCAGCUGGCGCUGGCGUCCCCAAAGAGAGCUAUCUAGAUGGGUGGAAGAGUCCUCCCGCAAUCCCCAACUGGCUAGUCUUGGAGAUGGCAGCAGAGGGCGGGAUGUAA